AUGUUAGACGAAAGCUUGCUGCCCAGCAACAUUUCCCUCAAAUUGUUUCAACAAUUAUUGGGCCGCUAUGACUCUCUCAUAGAGUUCAUCUCAUUAACCAAAGGGCCCAAGUCAGGACAGAAGACUCUGCUUGAGUUGGACCGUUUCCGAUACCAUGACGCAAUUACUUUAUUCCACUCAGAGAAAACGAGGCAGCCGAUGACGCUUGAUAAUGUGAAAACCUUGGUCGAUUGGAAACUGCGUCAUGGGAAGUUUCGGCCAACUCUCAUGAAGCUCGUGUCAUCAAAUGAUGAAACAGUUGUUGAGAAAACCAUCCAAGAGGCGAUAGAGAAAUAUCGGGAAAAUUCAGAUGCACCGAAAGCGCUCAUCACGAUCAGUAAGCUGAAGGGAAUUGGUCCGGCUACGGCAUCUCUUUUGCUCUCAGUAUAUGGUCCUGACAACGUCAUCUUCUUUUCGGAUGAAGCCUUCUAUUGGCUGUGUCGGGGUGGACAGGCUUCUCCCAUCAAGUACAACGCCAAAGAGUAUCAGGAGUUGGGCACUGCGGCGCAUUCUUUGAUUCAGCGACUAGGAAUCAAUGCCGUCGAUAUUGAGAAAGUGGCUUACGUCCUGAUGAAAGACGACGUGUCAGAAAUCACAUCCUCGGAUAGAAAGGAAUCCCCUACACCUGAUGCAAAACCUACUAAAGUAGAAUCAUCAAGCGAGCAGGCGAAGAGAAAGAAGAACGACUCCGGUAAUAUAAUGGCAGUUGACUUCCUAUCUCUACACGAUCCGGAUCCUAUUCCACUUCCAGACCGGUUCGCCAAGAUCAAACGAAAACUAAUCGCCGGUAACGAGAAAGCUGUCGCUUGCUCAUUCUACCGUCUCCUCAGCCAGUUAAGAAAAGAGGCAGACCGCAUCGCCGCUGCUGGGUCGGAUAUCAUACCUACUAUCGACUACAUCGAUAUCCACAAUCCAAACAAGGUAGCCAUCUUCCGAGAUGCCCUGAGGAAGAGAGGCGUCGCCGUUAUACGGCGAGUCGUUCCGUCAAACGUUGCCUUGUUGUGGAAAGAAGAGACGCAAGAGUAUCUCCGUCACAAUCCACCGACAAAGGGGUUUCCAGCACACGACCCCCAGCUUUAUGAGAUGUUUUGGAGUCCGGGGCAAGUGCGCGCCCGCGCUGACUCACGGCUCCUUGAAGUUCAGAGGUUUGUCAUGAAUAUAUGGCAUUCAAACAACGAGAGCGCGCUCGUGAGCAGCAACCACCCAGUAACCUACGCAGACCGCAUCCGCAUACGUAGACCGGGCGACACAUCCCUCGCCUCCGGGCCGCACGUCGACAACGGCAGCGUCGAGCGGUGGGAAGCAGACGGGUACGGCCGCGCCGGCACGUACGCCAAGAUCUUCCAAGGCAGGUGGGAAGAGUACGACCCGUGGGACAGCAGCACGCGUCUCGGCGUCACACCCGACCUGUACAACAGCGUCAGCUCCUGCAGCAUGUUCCGGAUGUUCCAAGGCUGGCUAUCACUCUCUCCCAUCGCACCCGGCGCCGGCUCGCUGCACGCGUGCCCCAUGCUGCAGCUCACGACCGCGUACCUGCUCCUGCGCCCCUUCUUCACCCCGCGCGCCAAGUCCGGGCCCAACUUCCUGCACGCGGACAACUGGAACCUGAACGUGGCGCAGAACAGCGUCGUCCACGGCGCCGUCCCCGGCCGCGGCGUCCAGGAGCUGAGCCGCGCCCUGCAUCCCCAUUUAAGGCUGGACAAGACCAUGGUCCCCGUCCCGCGCGUCGAGCCGGGCGAUUAUGUGCUGUGGCACCCGGAUGCCGUGCACGCCGUCGAUACCGUGCAUAUGGGCCUGCGCGACGCGAGCGUGCUGUACGUCCCCGCGUGUCCGCUGACGCAGACUAAUGCGCUGUAUCUCGCGCGCCAGCGCAAGGCUUUCCUUCUCGGGCUCCCUGCGCCGGACUUCGCGAGUAGCGCUGGCUUCUUGCGAGGCGGGUCGGGCGGCGAGAGGGAGUAUAUGGGCCGGCCUGGAGUUCAGGAUGUGAAUGAUGCCGGAGGCGAGGACGGACUUAGGAGUAUGGGGCUAUUACCCUGGGAUGAGAGGAGGGGGGUUACGAGGAAGGUCGAGAGGGAGCUGGUGAGGCUGGCUAAUGGGAUUUUGUUCCCGGAUCGGUUUGAUUUUGAGACUGGGAGGAGGGCUGUUAAGAGGUUUUGA